CCCGGGGAUGAAGAGCUUGUGAGCUGCCAGGAAACCAGGGGAAAAGGCUUUAACCCGCUUCCUCCCGCAUGGGGUGCACUCCCGCAGGUGCGUGCAAGGAUCACACAACGAUCAAGGAGGUCCUUGCAGCUGACCAGCCUUUUGCUUUUAACUGUUCAGCCCCUUCCCUGACUUUUGGGGACGUGAAUGUGACGUGGUACAAAGCGCCCAGCAGCACCCCGCUCUCCAGGAACAUAAGGUGGAGAGUUCACCAGGAGCGGACCUGGCUGCUGUUUCUUCCUCUGAGAGCAGAGGACUCCGGGAUGUACCAGUGUGUUAUAAAGAACUUCAAGAGUUGCUGCAGAAUACACGUUAACAUCACUGUUGUAAAGAGCUACUCUUGUGUCCACUCCGGAAGCAGCUCGGCAAAUUUAUCCGAUCUCAAUCAAAUAUUAUACCUUAACAACUCUGGCAGUCUGCAAUGUUACCUGGAGUUCCCAGACAGUUGUGUUUUGGGUCCCAUCAGGUGGUACAAGGACUGUAAAGAGAUUACCAGGGAGCAACAGAAGUUUGUUCCUUCGGGAAAGAAGCUUUUUGUGUACAAUGUGUCUGCAGAGGACGAGGGGAACUACACAUGCACAGCCAAGCUGACGCACCUGGGGAAUCCAGGGAAUCCAUAUGAGGUUCUAAAGAGGAUCACUGUGAGCAUCAGAGAGAGUGGUAGACCUGGAGGAAGAAUCCCUACGAUCACUUAUCCCAAGAAUAAUUCCAUUGAAGUACGACUUGGCUCCACCCUCAUUGUGGACUGUAACAUAACAGACAUCAAGGAGAACACGAACCUCCGCUGCUGGAAGGUCAACAACACCAUGGUGAACGAUUACUACAGUGACUCUGGGCGCAUCCAGGAGGGAAUCGAAACCAAUGUUUCUGCUGAAGGACACAUCUCUUACACGGUCAACAUCACCUUCUUAGAAGUGAAGAUGGAGGACUAUGGCCUUCCUUUCACUUGCCAUGCUGGAGUGUCUGCUGCCUACAUCAUGCUAAGGCUCCCAGCUCCAGACUUGCGGGCGUACUUGAUAGGAGGAUUUGUCGCUUUAACUGUCGUGGUCACUUCAGUUCUUGGCGUCUACAGCACCUUUAAGGUGGACAUCGUGCUUUGGUAUCGAAGUGCUUUCCAUUCCACUGAGAGCAGAGAAGAUGGGAAGCUGUACGAUGCCUAUGUCCUGUACCCGAAGCCCAGAAGGGACAGCCAGUGCCACCACGUGGACCGGCUGGUGCUGAAGCUCCUGCCCGAGGUCCUGGAGAGGCAGUGCGGGUACAAGUUAUUUAUAUUCGGCAGGGACGAGUUCCCUGGACAAGCCGUGGCCAGUGUCAUCGACGAGAGCAUCAAGCUGUGCAGGAGGCUGAUCGUCAUUCUUGCCCCGGAGUCCGAGUCCUCCAGCUUCGGCCCUUUGCAGAACCUGUCAGAAGAGCAGAUCGCAGUGUACAGCGCCCUCAUCCAGGACGGCCUGAAGGUGAUCCUCAUCGAGCUGGAGAGGAUCACGGACUAUGGCACCAUGCCCCAGUCCAUCCAGUACCUCCGGCAGAAGCACGGCGCCGUGCAGUGGCGUGGGGACUGCACGGAACAGGCGCAGUGUGCCCAGAGCAAGUUCUGGAAGGAAGUGAGGUACCGUAUGCCCCCCAGAAGGUACCCACCAUCUUCCCCAGGCCCGCUUCAGUGGCACAAGCCCUGCAGCCGCAAGGGAGGCACGUGGGAGCCCUGCGCAGGCCGGGUCACCCACUGACCCGGGCCUUGGCUGGGGGCUCACUGCCGGCCGGGGUUGCAGCGAGGACAAGGCUGCCUGCCCCGGAGCUGGCCUGUUUGUGUUGUGCGAAGGCUUGUGUUCAUCGCUGUCAUUUGCUUUGAUCAGCGCUACUGCUGCUUUAGGGGACGACAGCAGCUCUGCAAAGCCCCCAUGAGCCCUUGCCGGGUAUGGGGAUGUUCAGUGCAGGGCCCAGGGACGGCAACUGAGGGCUGCAGAGAGGAGGUCCAGGGUCAGAAGGCUCAGGCCCUGCUGCCCAAGUGGGGCCUGGGCUGUUCAGGUGCCAGGAGGGCGGCAUGUGGCGUGGGGAGGCUGCUGGGGAGGGCCACCCUGGGCUUGUCCCACCCGCUGUCACUAGGGCUCCAGUCCUCACGCAGUGUCUACUGUGCUUGAAUCGCCUCCCUCCUCCAGGGCCGAUGAAUAGUUGUAGCCAGUGUUAGCACGGUGUCCCUGGAAGGUACUUAGAUGUCACCUCACGGUGGUCAUGCACUCCACGGGCCCUGAAAGACUCUCUGCUAAGCCACAACAAGUGCGAACUUUUCCACCUUUCCUUUUGACACUUGUGUCCACUGAACCGAGCAGCGAGUGGGGCUCACACGGAGGGUGGCGUCUGCCCAAGUGGAGAAGUGUGAGUGUCUGAAUAGUGAGUGCACGCCCAUCACAGGUGCAUCUCUGACUUAGCAACUCACAAGGUUUGAUACUCAAAGCUAGCUAUCAGCCCUCAGCCAUGAUAAGCUCAUUAAAGGGUCCUUCCGAUCAGCUCUGGGCGGUUUCUUGGCUUCUGUUUCUCCUCCCGAGUGGGAAUCUUGGUAUUCUUAGUGCACCUGCAUUUUGACCACCACUAGCUCAGGUGUGAAAUUUUCUACUUCUAGCAUCAUAUGGCUCUCAAAGAGUGUGUGCUUUGGGGGCAUUUCAGCUUCUCAGGCUGGGGAUGCUUGGUCUCUGUUGCGUCUUGGGGUCUUUUGUGUUUAGGGUCUCACACGGAGGACAAAGUGGGUGGGCCCAGAGGGAGGGAGGGUGGAGGCCGGGGAUGAACUCUCACAGACAGGUGCUGUGCCGUGAGAAGGCCAGGGGGAAGGCCCAGGGUGGGGGAGGGCACGGUGGACUCUGACCUGACGUCACCUUUGGUGACUCCCCGGUGCCUUCCAGGGUGCAAGGCAGAUGUAGUCAGGAGCGCUGCUAAAAGGGAUGUGUGCGCAGGGUUCCAAGAAUACAGGUCUGUCUGCUGGGCGUGCAGUAUCUGUUCCUUAAUCUACAGAACCAAAAGCCAUGCGGGAAGGCUGUGGAGGGGCACCAGCAGGAAAUGGACUCCUGGUCUCUGAGCUUGGCUCCUGGCUCCCGUCCCCCUUUCCCCACUUGCUUUGUUCAAGCAACACCAGUGACUGGUAAAGGGCCAAAGCCUCUCCGACCACUUGGCGCACAGGGAGGCUGUCUAACUGCGUGCAGCGAAGGCCCUGCUUCUCCCAGCUCUCCGGACGGUUGCUGUCUGACCCCCAUGCUCCCGCCUCCAGCCCCCGCAGCAUUGUGUGUUGAGCCAUCAGGAGGUGACAUGGUGACAAAGGCCAGGCUGCUGGCCCUUCGUGGGUUAUUUCCAUCUUCUGUCCCCGCUGUAGCAAAUGGCCCUCCCACCUGGCACAGACAGGAGACCCCGCGUGAUCUCUGCCCAGAUUCCCUCUCUCUGGCUCAUCUUUUAAAAAUCAAGCAAUCACAGCGGGAUGUGGCUGACCUGAAUAUGACCGCCCUGCGUGCAGAGCCAGCGGCCUCACCUGAGCUGGGUGGAGGGGCCGGGCUGGCGGCGGCACCCCCAGCCGUGUGAGUGAAAGAGCUGCAGCCAGGGCUGGGACAGCUCGGCCAAACCAGGGGCUGAAAUUCCUCCCCGGGCCGAGCUCUCCACCACCCACCUCCCAGGCAGCAGUUGCUCUGGAGCUUGUAGAGGAAUCACGCAGAGCACCUUCCCCGUGGUACCUGGGGAGAUUGUCACCCGGAGAAAGCCAGCCUGAGAUGACCACAAAGACUGGGCUUGGGGGCCCAGGUCGUCUGUGGGGAGGUCUGAGCAGAUGUGGGGUCCUGGGGAGAUGGCUUGUCCUGGGGACUGUCACUUCCUUGUGUCCGUCCCUGGGUCUGCUUGCCUGAGCUUGUUUGGGCUCAGUGUCAAGUUCAGGACCUUCAAACCCUGCAGGUGAGCGCCCACAGGGGCAGGUCCCAAACCCACAGGUCAGGGGAGACUGCUCGCGCUGUCUCCAUGUGUCCUGCAGGGGGCGCCCUGGUCCUGCCCGACUCCUAUACAGGACCCUUAAGCUAUGCAGUUUAGAACAGCUGAGCUUUGGAGCUUUGGAGGAUUGACUGGCUCUCAGCUCUGCCCUCCUCCUUGCCCUGGAAGCCCUAGAAGACAUGGGUUGUUGGGAAAUGAUUUUCUGUAGACUUUUCUAGAGAUGUGCUGUCCAGGCAAGGGGAGUGUCACGUGAAAUCUCUUUGUCAGAGCAGCCACCCCUAGGCCAGGCAUGUCCAGGGAGUGAAGCCCCGUGCAGCGUGGUACACGCAGGAGCCCAGUCUGCCCCCCAGUGCCCGGCCCCUUUUCUGCUGGCUUCACGCCUCCAUCGUGGUAUUGUGGCUAGACGGCAUUGUUCUGCAGCUGUCUUGGGGAUUUGCCUUCAUUCUGGGCUGUGGGAUGC